UAUGUGGUGUGCCACUGGUCUCUCAGGCAGAGAAUCGAAAAGUUGGGGUAAAAUCUGAGUCAGCUCCACCAGCUACCAGACACUCACAGCAACUCUCCUCCACAGCACCAGGUUUCUUCUCUGUCUCUCUUUUCUGUUCUCUUACUCAUUUGCUCUCUUUUACUCUGACACACACCCACACGCACAAACACACACACACACCAACCGUCACUCCUGGCUGAAAGAAGACGGGACCACAGGAGAACUGUUAAACACCUUUACUGCUACUCACCCAGCUCAUCAGCAAUCGCAAUGCCCAGGAUGUGGACGCUUAUCUUGGGGGUCAUGUUGGGAUUACUGGCCUCCUCCAGGUCAGAAAUUCAAGUGACUGCCCGAUCCUGCAGCAUUGCUGGAGUUUUCCGGGCUGAAGGAAAGGAACGUCACUCUUUGGACUUUGACAUGGCUAAAAAAGUGUGUGAGCAACAGAUGAGCACCAUUGCAACCCCAGAACAAGUCCAGGAGGCCUAUAAUGCAUCUAUGCAAACCUGCAGGAACGGCUGGAUCAGCAAUAUGAGCAUCGUCAUCCUCAGACACAAGCGCCACGAAAAUUGUUCACGGAACAUGAUUGGUUUAAUUCUAAAUCCAAAAGUACAGCCUGAUGAGAAAUAUGAUGUCUACUGCUUUGAUGAAUAUGCUGGACCAAAGAGGAACUGCACCAAAGAAUUUGAUUUGAAAAAAAUCAAAAAUCCACCAGGUCCUGAUGCAGAGACUACUGAAGAGACUGAGACCAUCAGUAUGAGUACAUUUCCAGUCCAGUCCACUUCCAGUCCUGCAGAAAUCGACAGUGGAUCAGGGGGGGUGUCGAACGAGUUGGAACAGUUUACAACAGUUUCAACAACUAAGGAAAUGCAAACUCCUCUUGGGGAUGAGACAAACGACGAAUAUUCUUCCACAACAAAAUCGCCCCCAAAAGAUGGCAAAGGCCGCAUGGCAGUUUCUACUGAAAAACCUAAGUCACCGAGCGGCAGUGACUCAAAUUUGAUUGUUAUUAUUCUAGUGAUUUUGGCAGUCAUCAUUAUUAUUCUUCUAUGUGCAGCUGUCGCCAAGAGAAAAAGCUUGUGCGGCAAGACGCAAACCCUGAUGAUCACAAAAGACACAGGUGAAGGCAAUGGAGCAGCAGCAUCUGGCUCCCAGAACCAGGAAAUGGUGACCCUCAUGAGCAAGGAGAAGGUCCAGGAGAACGGCAACACAGAGGAGUUCACUGUCAUCACUCUGGGAGAGUCGACAGAUAAAGAGCAGCUGGCAUGAGGGAUGAGCGCAUGAAGACGAUAGUCAGUUAGAGGAGGAGUGUCAAAGUGAGGAGAUGAUCGAGACAGUAGAUGGGUGGGGGCAGGGGCUCCAGUUUCAAGGGGAUAAAAUUGCUUUUGGUGGCAAGCACUGAAGGGUGUUACAGAGACUGUCUAGCUGAGGCUUGGCUUCAGUACUCCAGUGGGUCUGAAGCAGCUGAUUCUAGGAAGGACCAUGUCUUUUACGGGCAACAUUUUGUCUGGUAGCACAGACUGAAUGUUGCUCAGGGGUUGUAAAUGUAUUUUUUGUUAGUUUUCGCGUUUGUACAUUUGUAUGCUUUAUUGAUGAUAAAGCCAUAGGCGCAAGUGUUUAUAGGGGGCAUGAGGAGUGACAGCAAAUGUUCACCUCUUUUAGAUAAGAUGGAUCCCAAAAUUUGCAAUUCAGCCUAAAUGGAAAAGAUGAAAUCAGCAAUGCGAACUGAUUUAUCUUCUUUAACUUACAUCAACAAUGUUAAGCCACCAGCCCCCCAAGUAUUUAAUUUAUUUUCUUUGCUAUUGUUAAUGGCUUGUGUAUAUUUCAAACAUUUCCUGAGAACUGAAAAGUUAUUUUCCAUGUUCAAGAAAACUGGGGAUGUCACUACCUUAAUUUAUGCAGCUUUUUCUUGAUCUCUGUAUAUAAAGUAUGUAUGUUGAAAAUGAUUUAGCAAUAGCUCCAUGUGUGUUUUUGUUUUGUUUUGUUUUUUUAUAGUAAGGGUUUAGUACCUGUUUUAAGGAGGUUUCCAAGGGUCAUUUAAUUAGAAGCUAUAUCUAAAAAAAAACACUGAGGAUGCAAUUAUGAAACAAUUGUGAUUUUGCAAUAGUCAUAAUUUAAGGCAUCCAAAAUUUAUGUAUCACUGAAGUCAGUUAAAAUAAUGUACAUUUAUACUGAGUUGCAAAUAUGAGGAUACCUUGAUGUUAUCCUGAGGAUAAGAAGAAUCAUAGUAAAGAUGUAACCAUACUAUAUACACAGUGUGUACAUUCAUUGGGGCUAAAGGACAGCACAAAAGAAACAAUUUGACUCUAUCUAUAGCACAUUAACCAUUUCCAAUGCCAAAUUUGCCACACAAGUGACAGGUGCUUGUCUUUGUAUACUGAUCCAAAUUGCACAUAAUAACAUAUGCUUGUACUGUAUGUGAAAGGUUGUUUCAAGAGAAAAAGACUGCAACAAUACUGUCUAUGUGUUCCCAAGAGAGGGGUUCGUAAUGAUGACACUUAUGUGCUUUGCUCAAGCCUGAUGUGCCAGUUGCUCAAACAUGUAAACCAAAUGCUGCAUUCUUUUCUACUGACCUUCUCAAAGCUAAAAUAUACAUUGUUUCCUAUUGAGAUCAAUUCCUGUCCGCCAACCUUUUUUUGAAUUGUAAACUGAUUUAGGUUUGUGAAUUCCUCCUUUUCUCUCUAAAAUGAUUUGCUUUGAAGAGAAGUAGCAAAUGUAUUAGAGUAGCCAGCUUUAUGACAGAAUAACGCAUGUCAUUGAAAUAAUUUCUAAAGUCUUGAAUUAAAUAAUAAAUGUGUACAUAAACCGAUUUGCUGGAAUGGGGUGUUCCCUCUGUAAUUACUGUUGCU